CGGUCUCGUUUGUCUUUACCACUCGGAACCUAUGAUGUUGGUUUCGGUAAGGACAAGUUCACGGGCAUAAACAAGCCUGUUUGGCUAGAAGCUACUACAUGCGAACUUUUUGACUUUAGCACCAAUACUUGGAGGUUUAUUACCACUGCCUCUGCUCCUUAUUGGAUUAGUAGUUACUAUGAUCCUGUGUAUGUAGAUGGGAAACUUCAUUGGUUUACUCAAUGCAAAGAGACCAAAGUUCUAUCUUUGGAUCUUCACACCGAAACUUUUCAAGUCAUAUCUAACGUUCCAUUUGCCAACGUAGUUCCUUACAAUAACAAUAUUGUCAUGUGCAACCUUGAUAACCGCUUGUCCGUAUCCCAGAAGAUGAUGUCCGAGCAAGUGAUAUGGUUGUUUAGUUCAGGCAACAAGACAUGGAACAAACUGUGUUCCAUAGAUUUGGAGUUGACUUCUUUGCAGUUUGAUAUUCAUAUCUCAAUCCCGUUAUUGCCACUUGCACUUUGGGAGAGGAGGAAGAAGAAGAAGUUGCUGCUUUGUCCUACAGAUUUUGGUAGAACACUGGUGAUACAUGAUCUUGAAACAAAAUCAUAUGAUGCUCCUUUUUCUGCUGAAUCCAUUGGAUAUCCUGUUUGUUAUUUCCAGAGUCUAAUCUCUAUUUUAUAAUAAUGAUGAUACAGUUAUUGUUU